AUGAAACAUGACCUCGAUUUUCUGCGUCUUAAAAGCUCUGGAGGGGGCUAUUCCCCCAGAGGCCCUCUUGAAGCUCAAAAUGUCCCAUUGCGCGUAGUUCUUCCCUCAGCCUACAAGCUCAAGCCCGUCACUCCCAAGAACACCUUCCCAAGCAUAGCCAACACCCCCGACUGGCAAUACGUCCGCCAAACCUCCAACUACCAAUCCAACGGCCCCGUCACAAACGUCAACUCCCCCGACAUCCGCUGCUACCAGCUUCGCCCCGGCUCCGGCGCCCCCGGGACAUACACCGUCGCCGCCGGCUCAACCCUGGCCUACAACGCCAAAGCGUCCAUCUCCCACCCGGGCCCGAUGGCAGUCUACAUCGCCAAGGUUCCCGCCGGCCAAACAGCCGCGACCUGGGACGGGAGCGGCAAGGUCUGGAGUAAGAUUUAUCAAGACAGGCCGAAUCUAGGGGGGAGCAUGACUUGGCCUAGCAACGGGGCGAGGAGUAUUAAUGUGCCGAUUCCGAGGUGUUUGCAGAAUGGGGAUUAUUUGUUGAGGGCGGAGCAUAUUGCUCUGCACUCGGCGGGGAGCACGGGCGGGGCGCAGUUUUAUAUCAGUUGUGCGCAAAUUACUGUUACUGGCGGGUCUGGGACGUACAGCCCGAGGAACCAGGUGUCGUUCCCUGGGGCUUACAGCGCUACUGACCCCGGUAUCAUGAUCAACAUUUACUAUCCUGUGCCCACGAGCUAUACCCCUCCUGGUCCGGCGGUUGAGACUUGCUAG